GUGUAUGUGUGAUUUUUGAGUAAGUUCAUUAUAACAAGCCACCUGGUACAAUGAAACGACAAAAUUUGCUUCGAAAACGCUUGUUCAGGGUUCGGGUGCACCUCGUGUAUUUCUAAUCUAGUAGCGUCCUCUGAUAAGAAACCGACCUUCGAGGGUCGUUAGAACUCGUUGUUUGUAGAGCUGCGUCAGUCGAUACUUUUGCAUCGGUGAGUUUGGAACAUCCCGAAACUGUUUUCAUCAUGUUCGUGGCAACGUUAACGUUUAUAGCGUUGGUCAUUUCCGCGGCAGUGUACUUGUACGUGGAAAAGUUCAGCAAAAUUCUUAAGCACAGCGGAAAACUUGGUGGUCCAUCUGCAUAUCCGCUGAUCGGUAAUGGGUUACUUUUUGCUGGCAAAACCCCCGCUGAAUUUUUGCAGGCCGUAGGACGUCUCAUACAACAGUAUGGCAAAUGUUUCCGGUUAUGGUUGGGAACGCAGAUGCUCAUCGUUAUCACUGAACCAAAGGACAUCGAGGUGAUUUUGAGUAGCAACAAGUACAUUGACAAAUCGAUUGAGUAUGACUUCGUUCGUCCAUGGUUGGGUGAUGGACUGUUGACCAGCACCGGGCGCAAGUGGCACACACACCGGAAGGUGAUCACACCAACGUUUCAUUUUAAAAUACUCGAACAGUUUGUGGAAAUUUUCGACCAGCAAAGCAAUACAUUCGUCCAGGUGCUGGGAACACACGCCAAGACGGGGAAUACUUUCGACAUUUUUCGCCCGGUAACACUGUGUGCAUUGGAUGUUAUCUGCGAAACGGCAAUGGGUACAAAGGUUAAUGCUCAACUGAACACCGAAUCGGAGUACGUGCAGGCCGUUAAGGACAUAACAAAUCUGGUGCAGAUACGAUUGUUUAAUUUCCUUAUUCGAUACGAAUUUUUCUAUCGCUUUUCCUCGAACCGUCGGAAGCAGUUGGAAGCGCUGAAGGUAUUGCACGGAUAUACGGACAGCGUCAUCAAGAAUCGACGAAAGGAGUUGCAGACCGGGAACUCCAACGAACUCGAUGUUAAUGAGAACGAUUUGGGCAUUAAGAAGAAGAUGGCUUUUCUGGAUAUGUUGCUGCAAUCGAAAAUCGAUGGACAACCGCUGACGGAUCUGGAGAUACGUGAGGAGGUGGACACGUUCAUGUUUGAGGGACACGAUACGACGACCUCUGCCAUCAGUUUUCUGCUGCAGAACCUUGCAAAGCAUCCCGAAAUACAGCAGAAAGUGUUUGAUGAGGUACGAAACAUUGUUGGGGACGAUCGUACCCGACCCGUUACUCUAGCGAUGCUGAACGAUAUGCACUAUCUGGAUCUGGUGAUCAAGGAAACGCUUCGACUGUACCCAUCGGUACCGAUGUUUGGGAGGAAAAUUAUGGAAGAUGCCGAAAUAAAUGGAAAAAUAUUUCCAGCAGGUUCGAAUGCAAUCAUACUGCCAUUCUUCCUUGGACGCAAUCCCGAAUUCUUCCCAAACCCGGAAAAGUUCGAUCCGGAACGAUUCAACGUGGAAACGUCGGCAGAAAAGACAAACCCCUACCAAUAUGUACCGUUCAGUGCGGGGCCACGGAAUUGCAUCGGGCAGAAGUUUGCCAUAGCCGAAAUCAAGAGCCUCACCAGCAAAGUGUUGAGACUUUAUGAAAUAUUGCCACCGGCUGGACAGUACGAUGAAGCAUUUAUCGCAGAACUUAUUCUACGUCCCGAGAAGGGAAUUUUCGUUCGAUUGAAGCCAAGAGUUUAUUCAUCGCCGGGAACGCAGCUACUGCGGACACGCUUUAGUUGCUUCAUUCAUCUGCAGUUUUUGUUGUUGUUGUGUGUGAUGGUGUUGCAGAUUUUGCUAGCCCUGGUGCUGGUGAUCCUCACGAUCAACUAUUUGUUGGUGCGGCAAAAUUUAAAGUAUGGCAAAAACAUCCCGGGACCGCUGCCGCUGCCGAUAGUGGGCUGUUUCUAUCUCUACAUUAAUUUAAAGCCCGAAGACAUUAUCGAUUUCGUGUCCGAACUGCGAAAUAAGUAUGGCAACCUGUUUCGCGUCUGGAUCGGGAACCGGUUGGCACUGUUUUGCACCAACGUGAAGUAUAACGAAACAGUCCUGAGCAGCCAGAAGCAGAUUCGUAAAAGCGAACUGUACAAAUUCCUCAUCCCAUGGCUGGGGGAUGGUUUGUUGCUGAGCACGGGCCAGAAAUGGUUCAACAAGCGCAAGAUCCUUACACCGGCAUUUCACUUCAAGAUUUUGGACCAGUUCAUCGAGGUGUUUCACAAGCAGAGCUGCAUUCUGGCUGAUCGGUUGCGACCGGAAGCGAAUGGAUCGCUGGUCAACAUCUAUCCCUUUGUGACGUUGGCGGCGUUGGACAUUAUAUGUGAAACGGCCAUGGGUACCUCGAUCAACGCACAGACCGAUGCCGAUUCGGCGUAUGUUAAAGCCAUUACGGAGCUGAGUCUGGUGCUGACGGGACGCUUCGUGAAGGUGUGGCAACGGGUUGACUUCCUGUUCAAUCUUUCCCCCGACAAGGGCCGCCAGGAUCGAAUCAUUAAGGUGUUGCACGAUUUCACCACGAAGAUCAUACAAUCCCGACGGCGUGAGCUGAUGGAGCAGGGCGGCGGUGUGAUUGGCGGUACGAUGGAAGAUGAGGAUAUGGCCGACAUAGGUACGAAGCGCCGGAUGGCAUUCUUGGAUGUGCUGCUGCAAGCGACGAUUGAUGGACGACCGCUAACGGAUAAGGAAAUUCAGGAGGAGGUGGAUACGUUCAUGUUUGAAGGUCACGAUACGACCACAAUUGCGAUUUCGUUUACCCUACUGCUGCUUGCCCGGCAUCCCGAGGCACAGGAGAAAGUGUACCAAGAAGUUGUAGAUAUUGUUGGUAACGAUCCGUACACACCGCUAAGCCAUCGCAAUUUACAAGACAUGAAGUAUCUGGAGAUGGUGAUCAAGGAAUCACUUCGGCUGUAUCCACCGGUGCCGAUCAUCGCACGUCGUUUCACCGAGAAUGUGGAGCUAGGUGAAAAAAUUGUUCCGGAAGGAUCGAACUUUAACAUUGGCAUCAUGCACAUGCACCGUGAUCCUACCUUAUUUCCCGACCCGGAGCGUUUCGAUCCCGAGCGAUUCGCACCAGAUCGUACGAUGGAACAGUCCAGCCCGUAUGCUUACGUACCGUUCAGUGCGGGUCCUCGAAAUUGCAUCGGACAAAAGUUCGCGAUGCUCGAACUGAAAAGUACUGUAUCGAAGGUUAUUCGUAACUUUAAGCUAACAUCGGCCGGUCCGGAACCAAAGCUAACGAUGCAGUUGACGCUGAAGCCAAGGGAUGGCUUGUACAUUGGAUUCGUUCCACGUGCACAGUGAAGUGCUGCAUUUCUACACAUUCGCUGGUUGCAACCUUCUUUCGAUGAUCGGAAGAUAAUAUAGACAGAUUUGUUGAUUGAAUCCGUAAAAGAAGAAUGAGGCUAUGUGUUGUGGUGAUGUUUCUACUAGCAGUGUAUCAAUAAUGAAAAUAAAUGAAAUUUUGACAAAAAAGAACACAAA